AUGUACCGUCUGGCAAUUCUGACCAUCAGCAGCUCGGGCGCCCGAGGGGAGCGCGAGGAUACCGGCGGACAGGCGAUACGCGACAAGCUGCCCCCUCCAGAUUAUGAGGAAGUGCGCUACGAAGUGGUGGCGGACGACGCGGACACGAUCACCGGCAGGAUCAGCGAGUGGGCCGAUUCCGGAGAGGUGGACCUGAUCGUCAGCACGGGCGGGACCGGGAUGGGUCGGCGGGAUGUUACUCCUGAAGCCGCCGUGCGGGCCAUGGACCGGGAAGUGCCGGGGAUGGCCGAGACGAUGCGGGCGCAGACGCUGAAGUUCACGCCCAUGGCGAUGUUGAGCCGUUCGGUGGUGGGCAUUCGGGGACAGACGCUGAUCAUCACGCUGCCGGGGAGCCCUCGCGGCGUGGGCGAGUGUCUCGACGUCGUCCUGCCGGUGCUGCCGCACGCCAUCGAACUCCUGCAGCGCGAGUCGGUGCAGGAACACCCGCGCUAA